ACCGGAUGUCUUACUGUUGUUGCUGCUGGUGGUCAGCUGACCAGAAAAGAAGUAAUUUGCUGUGAAAUGGAUUUUUGUGUCAGUGUUACUCUUCAAGAAAAGACAGAAGCUACAGCCAAGGAGUCUCCGACACUGAGCAUCACAGGAUCUAGACGAUUGGAUUGAUCCUCACCAGCUCCAGCACAGAGAUCUCUCCAGACUAUGGCUUCAUAACAUUUUCCUUUCCAGACAAACACAAGUAAAUCUUUCUGUUCAACACCUCGUGUCUUAGUGGUCUUUUACUGUCUCGACCCUGUACCCUGUCUCUGAAAAUGGACGGCACAGAGCCUGUGCAGCCCAGUCUCAACUCCUCCUAUAUUCCAACUGCUCUUGGCAACCACAACAUAUCUGAGGACGAGGAGAAUGAGGACCAGAGUCCCUCUGCAUCCCUCCUGCCCAAACAUUCCUCUGUGCCUCUUGCUGUACGCUACAGUCCAGAGGACUCUUACUGUUUGGUGUACAUUAUCUUCUUCCUGAUGGGCAUCGGCUCCCUGCUGCCCUGGAACUUCUUCAUAACAGCCAAACACUACUGGCUCUACAAACUGAGUAACAACACUCAUCAAGGUGGCAGUGAGGAUCACCGUUCAGAUCUCAGCGACUACUUUGAGAGUUAUCUGGCCAUUGCCUCCACGGUGCCGUCUGUGCUGUGUCUGAUUCUCAACUACGUCCUAGUUAACAAGUUGUCCUCGAACUUUCGGAUCCUGUCAUCUCUCUUUGUGAUCCUGUUGGUGUUUGUGGUGACCACGGCGCUGGUGAAGGUGGACAUGUCAGAAUACAGGGUGGAUUUCUUUGUCGGCACGCUUGCCAGUGUGGCUGUUGUCAGUGGAGCCUCCAACCUCUUCUCUGGCAGUGUGUUUGGGAUCAGUGGGCAUUUUCCCAUGAGGAUCUCUCAGGCCCUUAUAUCAGGCCAGGCUAUGGGAGGCACACUGAGUGCAGUAGCAUCACUAGUGGACCUGGCAGUCGCGAAGGAUGUGACAGACAGCGCUCUGACCUAUUUCCUGACAGCUGACGUCUUCAUUCUGCUCUGCAUCAUCUCAUAUCUGCUGCUGCCUAAGCUGGCAUAUUCAAGACACUACAUGCUGGCAGCAACAUGCACCAGUACAGGAGCGUUGAGUGAAGGUGGGGGCGCUGCAGGCACAGAGAGCAGAGUCUCCGUCCCACCAUUGCAGCCUAUCCUCAGGAAGACAUGGGUGCUGGGCCUGAGUGUCUUCUAUGUCUUCUGCAUCUCUAUUAUGGUGUUCCCCGCAGUAUCCUCAGGGAUCCAAUCUGUCCACAAAGACAGCGGCAGCCCCUGGACAAACACUUACUUUGUGCCCCUCACCAGUUUCUUCCUGUACAAUGUAGCAGACUUCUGUGGCAGGCAGGCCACAGCCUGGCUGCAGGUCCCGGGCCCCACCAGCCGAGUUCUGCCAAUACUGGUGCUGUGUCGUUCCUUCAUGGUCCCACUUUUCAUGUUCUGUAACUACCAGCCGAGGGACCACCUUCACACAGUGCUAUUCACACAUGAUGUGUACCCUGUGGUCUUUAACUGCCUGCUAGGCCUCUCAAACGGCUACCUAGGCACUCUACCAAUGAUCUAUGGCCCAAAGGUGGUACCUCGGGAGCUGGCAGAGGCCACAGGAGUUGUCAUGUCCUUCUUCCUCACUCUGGGACUUGCUGUUGGAUCUGCAUUCUCUGUGCUUAUUGUGCACUUUAUCUGAUCAGGCUGUUGGACAAUAAACUAGUCAUGUACAGUGGUAUAGUGGA